CAUCUCAGCUCUCAUCGCAUUCAUAGGAGAUGCUCCAGAAGAAUGCCGUCUUGGUGGAUGGGGUUGUCCUAAAUGGUCCAAUAAUGGACUUGAAAGCAGGGGAGAAGUUUGUGGAAGAGGCCUGUAAAAUUAUAAUGGAAGAAGUAAUCCAGAAAGCUGAUGAUGUGACAGAGAAGGUUUGUGAAUGGCGGGCCCCUGAAGCUCUGAAAACGAUUCUUGAUCUGGAAAUGAGGGACACUGGAGAAUCUCAUCAGAAGCUCUUGCAACUCUGCCAGGAUGUUAUACAAUACAGCGUCAAAACCAGUCAUCCAAGAUUUUUCAAUCAGCUAUAUGCUGGAGUAGAUUAUUACUCGUUAGUGGCUCGUUUCAUUACAGAAGCACUGAACCCAAGUGUAUAUACAUAUGAAGUAUCUCCUGUGUUUCUGUUAGUGGAAGAAGCGGUCAUCAAGAAAAUGAUUGAAUUCAUAGGCUGGGAAGAAGGUGAUGGCAUAUUCAACCCAGGUGGCUCUGUUUCUAAUAUGUAUGCUAUGAACUUAGCCAGAUAUAAAUUUUGUCCUGAAAUAAAGGAAAAAGGGCUUUCAGGCUUACCAAGACUGGUCCUGUUCACUUCAGAAGAGUGUCAUUACUCCAUGAAGAAGGCAGCCUCUUUCCUGGGUAUUGGUACAGAAAACAUUUACUUCAUCAAAACAGAUGAAAGAGGUAAGAUGAUACCUGAGGAACUGGAGAAACAAGUUCAACGGGCCAGGAAAGAGGGGUCAGCACCGUUUCUCGUCUGUGCUACAGCAGGCACAACAGUGCUGGGAGCAUUUGAUCCUCUGGAUGAAAUAGCCAAUAUCUGUGAAAAGCACGGCCUCUGGCUUCAUGUUGAUGCAUCUUGGGGUGGCUCAGCUUUGAUAUCGAAGAAGCAUUGCAAGCUUCUUUAUGGCAUCCACAGGGCUGAUUCUGUUGCCUGGAAUCCUCAUAAGAUGUUGAUGGCAGGAAUCCAGUGCUGUGCUCUUCUGGUGAAAGACAACUCUGGCCUCCUGAAGAAGUGUUACUCUGCCAAGGCAGCAGAGCUUGACAAGUCCAUUCAGUGCAGCAGACGCCCAGAUGCAUUCAAAUUCUGGCUGAUGUGGAAGGCAUUGGGAACCACAGGCCUUGAGGAAAGAGUAAACAGGGCACUGGCCUUAGCUAGAUAUCUAGUAGAGGAAAUUAAGAAAAGAGAGGGAUUUCAGCUUCUGUUGGAGCCGGAGUAUGCAAACGUUUGCUUUUGGUACAUUCCACCAAGCUUAAGAAAAAUGGAGGAAGGACCUGAAUUUUGGCAGAAGCUGCACCAGGUUGCUCCUAUAAUUAAAGAGAGGAUGAUGAAGAAGGGCAGCAUGAUGCUUGGGUAUCAGCCUCACCGGGGCAAAGUCAACUUCUUCCGCCAGGUGGUCAUCAGCCCACAAGUGAGCCGAGAGGACAUGGACUUCUUGCUGGAUGAAAUGGAGCGCCUUGCCAAGGACUUGUAGCGCUAUUUCCACAGCACCAGGUGUUGCGCUUAUGUGUGAUAUUUGUGGAGAAAGAGUGGCAGCAGCAUUCUGGUGCUAUCUUGUGAAAGGUAGUAAAGAGCUUGACAUAUAGCUUGGAAACUGUCAUUUUACAUAGUGAUGUUAAGGAUCUUGCAGGUAGACUACCCCUCCACAGGAAAGUAUUUGCUGAUGGGGGCUGAAGAUGGCCAGGGGCAGGCCAGUGCUUGCAGCACCACUGCCAUUCUGGGAAGUGUUUCCUAGACAAGGAAGCACUUCUGAAAAUGGUAUCUAUGUCCCAGGUAGGGCAGCUAUUUACAGGGUGCCUGUGCACACCGUAGUUCAAACCAGUCACUUAAAUAUGCAGGCAAUACUCCUCUAAAGUUACUGUUAGGAGUGAAUUUAGCUCAGGGAGCUUAAAAAUGCUAGCUAAUACUCUGACGACUCUGUUGAUAGCUUAGUUUGGUACAUGUUUAAGGAUAGAGGCCUGGUUGGUAGUCACACUGAUAAGACUGGAAAUUGAGGACAUUCAUGAAGAUUUCCUCAGGGCCCUUAAGUAGGGCAGUUGCCCAAAUUUUUCACAAUGAGGACAGUUAGGCAGUGGAACAGGGGCCCCCAGGGGUUGUACAGCCUCUGUCCAUGGAGAUUUGCAGGACCUGGCUGGACAAAGGCCUGAGCAACCAACAUUGACCCUGCUUUGAGCAGGCUGAGCUAGUUGGCUUCCUAAAGUCCCUUCCAGCCUGAAGACAUGGUUGGACUUAGUCAGUGUUUGCAAAGGUUUCCCACCCAAAAUGUCACUGCAGCUUUAGUAGAGCUGAGAAUGUUGGAAUAGUAUCUCAUAGUUUCUUAAAUCUUUGUUAACAGGAGAUACCUAUCAUUUCUGAACUACUGUUCACCUUCCUCUAUUUUUAAAGAGUUAACAUUUUUUUAGCAGCUUUUACUGCACUUUAAAAUGAUAACAGAGAAACAAUGAAAUGUAUUUAUCUGAAAGAUAAGUAUUUUUAUGCAUCAUGACUAUUUAUAAAGAAUAUAGCAAAAUGACAUAUUUGUCAGGGUCUGUUUGGAUUUUCCUCCAGAUUUAGGACGGCUAAAUCUCAUGUAAUCAAUUUAUGAUUUAUAUUCUGGUACUGAGAUUAAGAUGGUGGUGAUCAAUGAAAGUCUGCCUGUGAUUUUAAGGUGUGAACAGUCAGAGAAUUUUUGGUCAAUCUUAAUUUGAAAAAUUAAAUUCUAAACUUUGUAUUUAUGUGUUAAGAAUGACAGUAUGCUUUUAAUUUAUUUUUCAUUCUAGCUAUAAAAUGAUCCAUUUUAUAAAGAUAGAAAUCAUAAAUAUAUUUUUGGAGUGAAGUUCUUGCAGCAAACUUAAGGAAGUAACCAGGUCUUUCAACUUGUAAAUCAGCACACACUUUGAUGUUUUAGUGUUUGUACCCUACUUUGUCUUUGAGGUAGCACUGACCAAUAUGAAUUUUUCUACUGUAAUGUUUUCUGUAUUACUAAAAACAUAAUGCUUUCUUGUUUUCAUUUCCUACAUUGUACUAGGUUUCAACAUUGCAUGACAUUCCCACUUUCACUCUCCAGGAUGAUGGUAUGGAAAGUUUAACAAGGUCAUAGUCACUGUCAGAGCAGUAGAUAGGAGCAAGAGUCACUUCAUAGCACUUGACAAAUGGCUUUAACAAGGUACUGGAAAUGAAUAUUCUCGUGCUGUUAUUGUGAGCCAAGCACCACAUUGAUAUUAGUGGAGAGUUCUACAUAAAAAUGAAUGGCACACUAUAGCCACUGGAUUCUGCCCUGUAAUACCCGCAGGAUUUACAUCAUCAUUUAUUACCUCAUGCUUCUGGGUGUACCAGGUAUCGUGAUCUUGGGAAGCACUUGUCGUUCAGGGCUGUAAAGCUUAUUUAGCCUCGCAGCCAUUCUGGAUGGAGCUCAGAGAAUGCAAGGGGUGCUGAAUGGAGGGGAUGAUUUUGCUGUUGCCUUGUGAGAUGCAUAUAGACUGUUAACACUUCUCUUUUUCCACCUUGAAGGGAAAGUCAGAAUACAGCAUCAGGAUUUUUUGAUUAUGGUCCAGAUUCUUGGUGAGUUCUUGAUUCGGGGGAAGAUAUGCCACCUUCUAUCAGCUAAGAAUUUGUCUUGUGGUGUUUUGUGGCACCACUGCUAGCAAAAAGUGUUACCAUCUUGUUUCUGUUCAUGUUAGUGCUUUCCUCUGUUUCCAGAUAUUGUGACACUCAGGGUACUUGUUGGACUGAAAAAGCACAGUUCCUUUCUGUGGUUGCAGUGUCUAUAGUAUUUUUUAAAAGAGAGCAGAAUGGAACAUUUUCAGUGUUUGCAGAAAAUAGAUCUCAGAUCAACAUGUGCAGUUUUCUUCAAAGGUAAAGGUUAACCUUCCAGCAUGAUGUGAGUAGCUUAUCUGAUCUCCUUAUAUUUUCUGUUAUUUCUGACUCCUUAUCAUGUCCAAAGCAUGCAAUGUGAAGGUCUUAUUUCAGGAUUAUAAGGUCAUUUUCUUAUAGUUACUUAUUUAGAACUAGUAUGUACAAAAUGUCUAUUUUGUACCUGGUGAUUUUAAUAAAAAGUGAAGUA